AUGGCACCUUCAGCUCUUUCCAGUACACCACCAUCAUCAUCCACUAUUGUGGACAACUCUCCAGCAUCAAGCUACCGCGGCUAUGACCAUGUCCACUGGUACGUCGGCAACGCCAAGCAAGCCGCCACCUUCUACAUCACGCGCAUGGGCUUCAAGCGCGUAGCCUACAAAGGCCUAGAGACAAACCACCGCAACAUUUGCUCCCAUGUUAUCAGAAACGGAGACAUCACUUUCAUCCUUAGCUCCCCGCUGCGGUCACUAGACCAGCUCGACCGAUUCAGCGCCGAAGAGCAAGCCGAGCUGCGUGAAAUUCACGAACAUUACGAGAAGCACGGCGACGCAGUUAAAGAUGUUGCUUUCGAAGUUGAUGAUGUCGAUGCUGUCUUCUUUGCUGCUGUGAGCAAUGGCGCCAGGGCUGUAACUCGCCCCAGAAUCCUGGAGGAUAAGCAUGGAUACGUCAAGACUGCGACUAUCCAGACUUAUGGAGAAACUACCCACACCCUCAUCGAGCGCAGUCAGUACCGUGGCGCUUUCUUGCCUGGAUAUCGCGCCGAGGCCGGAAAUGAUGAUCCCAUUCUGAAGUUCCUGCCCGAUGUUCAACUCGGAAGAAUCGAUCAUUGUGUUGGAAACCAGGACUGGGAUGAGAUGGAUGAGAUCUGCGAGUACUACGAGAAGGCUCUUGGUUUCCAUCGUUUCUGGUCCGUCGACGACAGCCAGGUUUGCACUGAAUUCUCUGCUCUGAAGAGUGUUGUCAUGGCAUCGCCCAACGAGAUCGUCAAAAUGCCCAUCAACGAACCCGCCAAGGGAAAGAAGCAGUCCCAGAUUGAAGAAUAUGUGGACUUCUACAACGGCGCCGGUGUGCAGCACAUCGCUCUUCAGACUGACAACAUCAUUCGUGAUAUCACCAACUUGAAGGCACGGGGUGUUGAAUUCAUCAAGGUCCCUGCCUCAUACUACGAGGACAUCCAAAUCCGACUUAAGCAAUCCGGUCUCAAGCUAAAGGAAGACUUCGAGACGAUUCGCAGUCUGGAUAUCUUGAUCGACUUUGACGAAGGUGGCUAUCUCUUGCAGUUGUUCACUAAGCACGUUCUGGACCGACCUACAGUCUUCCUUGAGAUCAUUCAACGACACAACUUCGAAGGCUUCGGAGCAGGUAACUUCAAGUCGUUGUUCGAGGCUAUUGAACGGGAACAGGAGCUGCGUGGGAAUUUGAUCUAG